UCCCGUUUACCUUAAUUUUUCCUUAUUUCCGCAUUAUUCUUUGUGUCUCGGGGGUCGUGUAGUGUCUAGAAGUACUCCUGAAGAAGGGUUAUAGAUGGCAAUGAUCUUAAGGUCCUAUAUACAGCUAUCUAAUGUGAGGAGUGUCUGGUCGAAGGUCAGUUGUAAGUUAACGGAGGUAGGAAGUGGACGUCUGUUCUCCCGCUCCCCGCCAGUGCUCACUCGUGUCCUCGCCAAUACCCCCAUCGACAUGUCAUCUCAGAAGAAAAUUUGUAUCCUGGGCUCUGGAAACUGGGGGUCAGCCAUCGCCAAGAUCGUGGGGAACAACGUGACCAAGUUCGACCAGUUCGACAAUGAGGUCAAGAUGUACGUGUACGAGGAGAUGGUGGACGGCAGGAAGCUGACGGAGAUCAUCAACACCACGCACGAGAACGUCAAGUACCUGCCGGGGAAGAAACUGCCGCCUAACGUGAUUGCUGUGUCCGACGUGCUGGAGGCUGCCAAGGAUGCUGACGUGCUGAUCUUCGUCAUCCCGCACCAGUUCAUCAAGAGGAUAUGUCAGCCCCUCGCCGGCAAGCUCAAGCCCACCACCGUCGGCAUCUCUCUCAUCAAGGGCUUUGACUUGAAGGAGGGCGGCGGCAUCAUGCUCAUCUCCCACCUGAUCAACGAGGUCGUCAACGUCCCCAUGUCCGUGCUCAUGGGGGCCAACCUGGCGGGCGAGGUGGCGGAUGAGAAGUUCUGUGAGACCACCAUAGGCUGCCGGGAUGAGGCGGUGGGCAGGAUGUACAGGGACCUCAUCCAGACGGAGUACUUCAGAGUGGUGGUGGUGGAUGAUGUUGAGGCCGUGGAGGUGUGCGGGGCGCUCAAGAACAUUGUGGCAACAGGUGCCGGCUUUGUGGAUGGCCUUGGCUACGGAGACAACACCAAGGCGGCCGUCAUCAGAUUAGGACUCAUGGAGAUGAUCAAGUUCUGUGAGGUCUUCUACCCCGGCUCCAAGCUUGGCACCUUCUUUGAGAGCUGUGGCGUGGCGGACCUGAUCACCACCUGCUAUGGCGGCAGGAACAGGAAAGUGGCGGAGGCCUUCGUCAAGACAGGCAAGACAAUUGAAGAGCUGGAGAAGGAGAUGCUCAAUGGCCAAAAGCUGCAGGGCCCCUACACAGCCCUGGAGGUGAACCACAUGCUCAGGGAGAAGAACAUGGAGGACAGGUUUCCUCUCUUCACUGCCAUCCACCAAAUCUGUCUGAAGGAGAUGCAGCCGGCAGGGAUGAUUGACUGCAUCAGGAACCACCCGGAACACAUGCCUCCAAACUGCUUUAAAAUUUCGAUGGCCUCUAAGGAACCGUCAGAAUACCUUCAGGGUUAAGCUGAGUGGCGUGUGUGGGGUGCCUGCGUCUGGUAGGGUGUGUGUUGGUGCUCCUUCGACCAGCAGCACACCUCCGUCGCUGGCAACGAGUGAGAGGAGCAAGCCAUGUCUGAGAGCAUGUGGCCGUGGUUAACCUUUUGCUAUGUUCUCCCUCCUUGAGCUUGUUCCUCCUGUCUGCAGUAUGUGAGGCUGGUGUCUGUUUGGCUGCUGAGUUUGUGAGGAUGUCUUAUUUCAUUUGGUUGCUGAGUGUGUAUGAGGGUGUUUCUUUGACUGUCCUUUUUCCCAUGUGUUCAAGGUUGCCAUUUAUGCCUCCAUUGCUUUAGAACGCCAUUUGAUUAAACUACCAGAAUUAGCUCCACAAUGUGUGUUAAGAGCACUGUGCUGUUUUACCUCCCAUCAUAAACUUCUUCAUAAAUUUUAGAGGAAGAAUAAAUGGCAUCCCAUGUCAACUCUUGCAUUAUGUUAAUUUGUGUAAGAUGUUGUCUUAUUAUGACUGUCAAGUACUUACUAUGUCCAUGUUAUAAUUGGACAGGUGCAUAUAGUAUGGCAGCUGUAUAUAACUUUGAACAUCAUGACACUUUAGAUGUUUAUAUUGCAUAUCAAGAUUGCUGUACAUCUCCUGUUCUCAUCAGGUUUAAUUAAAGACAAGCACAUGGCGAUAUUCUUAAAGUUAAUAGACAAGUUUUGGAUUGUGGCAAUGAGGUGAUAAUGAAACUGGUUUGCAUUUGCAUUGUUUAUCAACUCAUAGGUUGUGUUAAGUAUUUUGAUACAUUCGGUGUUCCAAGUGUGUGUGUGUGUGUGUGUGUGUGUGUGUGUGUGUGUGUGUGUGUGUGUGUGUGUGUGUGUGUGUGUGAGCCAGAGUGCAGUUUACUGUUACAUGGUUACUGUUAAAACACACUAUAUUGUUAUACUUUACUUUUUUUGUAAGGUGCAGGCAACACUUUUGUGAACCUGCAUGCAUUAAAUGUGUGCAAACCAGUGACUAUGUAUGUGUGAUUGGUUGAAUCCUUGAUAUGUAUUUGUGAAAUACAUUGAGUUAAUCAGUA